GUUGAGUUGUACUACACAGAGAAGUCUGAAGGGAUCUUAUCUUGGACCUUUAUUCCACACCAGUAACAACUAACACCCUCGAAAGACGCAAGGAUGCCCCUCGGCUUCCGUUCGGCGCAGUCGUUACUUCUUGACACCUUGACAACACGGUUCCCAUUUACAUAACAAUACUCGCAAUAGUAAAGUAUAUACACUACUACUUCACCGGGCAAGAUCAUCCCAUAUGGCCGAGAUGGAACUUGCGGAACAAUCCCGACUUAUACGGAUCUGUCCCGACUAACACCACCACCACCACCACCACCACAGCACCAACAUAGCCAAGCCACAACUCCAACCGCACUAAACUCGAAACUCCCUAGCAGACACACCUCACCUCAGCCUCACAUAGCAAACUCACACUCCCACGGCUCACCCUGCACGCAAAACUCCUGCGAAAUCGGGCUCGCCCUCACCCCCCUCCUGACCAAUCUCUCCCUAAACUCAGUAAGUCUAGGAAAAGCCUCAAUCUGGCUCCUGUUCUGCCCGGUAUUAUCAUCAACCCUCCCGGACCAAAGCACCUCCCCCGCCACGCUCGCCCUAGGCCAGACAAUACCAUCCAGAUUCAUCGGAUCAAUCGUCUCACUCCAAACCGCCACCUCCCCCCCAAGCACAAGCUUCGCCUCCUCCUCUGUAAGGUUGGCAGUAGGAUCAUGAGAGUAAAUCAGCCCCCAAGACUUUGUCGGUCCGCACCAGUCAUUAAACGGAUACCCCGUCUUGAAAGGCAGCCCAUUCUCCCAGGUGAUCCACUGCCCUCUUCCACAGUCGAGGUACUACAUCAUCAUGUCAGCCUUCACUCUCCCCCCCCCUUUUUUUUUCUCUCUCCCUAAUCAAUAAGAAAGAAAAACUCACCCAAAAAUUAUAAUUACUAUCAAUAACCCUAUGCCCCAUCCCAACCAACUCCUUCACGGCCCCCGCCCCAAGCCAGCUCUGCACCACCGUCCCUUCUCCAAGUGUAACAUUCCACUCCAAAGGAAUCUCCUCCCACACCACCGGCGUCAGCCCCUUUUCCCUAACCCUCUCAUGCUGCUUAUCAAUGAACUUUUGCAGUAACGGCUGCAAAACCUCCGAACUAUUCGACCUAAUCCCCUCAUCAAGCAUAGAAUCAUUCCUAUUCAACUCAUCCCCCCCCGUGUGAAAAUAAGCCGCGUACCUCUCCACCCUGGGCAAAAGAUCAUCAAACAACCUCCCCAAAAACUCGUCAACAGCCGUGUUGUUGAGCUUGAACGCCCCGCACGGCGGCUGGGCGCACCACCAGUGAUACGGCUGCUCAUUAUACGCGACAAUCAGCUCCGGAUGCGACAGCGAGACGGAACCAAUAUGCCCCGGCAUGUCAAUCUCGAAAUAGACCUCCACCCCGCGGACGGCGCCGUAUUUCUGGAUUGAUUCCACGUCGGAAGGGGAGUAAGUCUCGCUGGGGUGGUGUGCGCCUUUCUCGGAAAGUUCUGGCAUCGAUGGGAUGACAAGAGGCCAGGAUUGGGAGUCUGUGACGUGGAUGUGGAGGCGGUUGAGUUUACUCCAGGCCAUGGCGUCGAUUGUCCUGAGGAUGUCCUCCACUGGGAAGAAAUGGCGGGCCGUGUCGAGGAGGAUGCCCCGGUGGGGGAACUUGGGGGAGUCGGUUAUUGAGACGGGGGCGUAGGGGGUGUACCAGAAUGUGCCUGACGAGUGCUGGUAGAAGAGCUGGGAAAAGGUUUCCAGGCCGCGGAGGAUGCCGAUUGAGGAGACGGCUGUGAGUUUGGCGUGGCCGGAUUUGCUUAGGGUCAGGUUGUAGGACUCGUCGACUUCGCCUGCUAGUGGCUUGAAGGCGGAGCGGUCGUCCGAGGCGGUCUGGAUGAUUUCGAGAGUUUGGAGCCAUUCUAAUUUGUCGAGGUCGGGUUCGUACUUCGUGUUUGGCUUGUGGAGGAUCCAGGGGACAAACUUGCUGUUGAAUAUCCCGGUGAGGGCUCUGGAGACGCCGGCUUGGACGAUUUCCUUGCUGGUGAAGCCGGAGGGCGUGUAGCCGUAAGUGUAGGGGAUCUGUUGGAAGGCGAGGUUUUCAGUUAAUACUUCCUCCUCUUGGCCAUCAUCAUUUAUGUCAUCUGAGCAGUGAGCAGGGCAUUCAUGGGGCUGUGGCUCAGAGGAAGGAAUGGAAGAGGAAGACCAGCGUACAAAUGCACCGUUGUAUGUGACUUCAAUGUUCUGAUUCAGAAACUGGACGCCAUCUCCUUUGGUGAAUUUUUGAGGGGCAGGCCAUACAGCUGCUACAGGGUUGGGGAAGAGGGGGUAUAGCAAGCAGAGAGCCGUCACGAGCGACGGCAAACGAGAAAACAUGUUGGGUUGUAUUUGAGGUGGGAAUACCGCAGAGAUCGGGAAUAUUUGGGGGGGAAAGCAGGAGAAGGUGACCUUGAAGCUGCCUGUGGUGUUUUCAACCCCAAGGCAAACCAAGGGCAGGCGGGUGAAAGCAGGGACAGGGCAGGGCAGGCCAAGGCUGGAGAACAGAGGGAGCAGCAGGCUUUGGAUGAUGUUUAUAUAAAUCAGAAAUGGGCAUUCAAGGGCUGGUCUUCCAAUUCAUGCAUUCAAUCGGUGUACCGCGAACGGGUAUUCUGCCACACAGCCCGCGCCCGGAUGGAGCUCCCGCAUCCAAUCAAGACUUGGUAGCACGGGAUGAUGGCACGGUGCAGGGCACCACAAGACCGACCCAGGUGUGCCAGUUGGUGUUGCUUCAGGUCUCAGCGGAAUUUUGUGGCGUCGAUGCUACCUGGUUGUUAGAGUCCAGAUGAUGAAGAGUUGUGUUGAUCCAAAUCUUUGAAGCUGCUGUGAGGGGGCGCAACGUUACGUCUAAACCAGGUAGCUGCUCUCUUGUUGGGCAAUAGGCCAUGUAAGUGCCGAAGGCCAAGUCUCAGCCGAAGCCACGUUAAGCAGCUUGCAUGUGUUUUUCCCAAUGUCGAGAUAACCUCAGGAAGAGGAAGAAGAAGAUGGCAUGUAGAAUGUUUGUUUGCGGUACCCUGAUUGCCUUGAUGUACAGAUGCGGGUCCCAACCGAGACCUGCGGGGAUCCUGAUGACGAUGAUCACUUCCGGAGGGAGCUCUUCUCUGCCGGCCGAGAUAGCUCCCAUAGCCUACUUGAUCAGUUGCUUACAACUGAACCCUGACAGCUAUGGGGGCACAGUUUAUGCGCAGGCAGUUGACGGAAGUUGUUCCAGCCCCGUUCUAUUUCAAGCAGGUGGUGGUGGCUGGGAAGACAGUGUGUAACUGACAGGAGGGAGAGCUCGUCGAGAUGCAGAAACGAUAAGAUAAGCUCACUGCUGAAUAAGCACUACGAGUGAACUGGCACUUGCUCCCACUUUCUUCAAUGACGCCAUGGUCCGUGCCCUUCUUAUUCUUCCUCACCAGCCCAAGUCACGUGAAAGCCGCCACUGCGCAAAACACUCACCAGCCACACAACUUGGAGAACUCAUUCAGCCUGGUCGCGCAAGGUUCGGCUCACACAGUUGAAUGAUAUUCGUAAAACUUUCCACCACAUCCCCAACCACAAACGAACGCUUCUUCCUGCGAUUCAACUCCCUCGGACCCUCUUAUUCAUCAGCCGAAUAAAUCCCCUCCUUCGCAAGCCUCGAAGGUUCUGCCCCGUAUCAAUCAGCCCGCGCACCGAGCGGUCGCGUCUCGAAGCUCCGCUGUCUUUCAAAGGACUUCGCCGCUUCUAUAUUCACAGCGCCCACCCUCGACUUGGGCCCGAACCAACAACAAAAAGCGAUUUCAUCUCUUCGCAACAACUGAACACCCCCGCCAGGGCAACUCUUGUCUUUCUUUGCGACAGCCCGAACCAUCGGUCCUUCAUCACCGAAUUCCUCCUCUGCUAGCCUAACAGCAACACCACGCGACCAUGUCUAUCGAAGUCGCGAUCGGCACGCCUUUGGCGGAUGCCCUUAACAUGGCCAUCCAGACAAAGAUUGCUGAACUUGGAUGGGCCGGUCCCGGCAACGAGGGCGCUUCCAUGGCCGAGUAUUUCGUUCUCAUGCUCGCCAACGGCAAGUCAGAAGCCGAGGUUGCCAGCGAGAUCUCCGGCGAUCUACUAGGCUUGGGUCCUGAGGACCAGAGUGUGCCUGAGUUUUCAAGGUGGUUAUUCGAGCAGGUCGCCGCUCUCAACAGCCAACUAGGUGCCCAGUCUGCGCAGCCUGCCACUGGAAACAACGAAAUGGACACAGCCGGGGAUGACACAAUGGAGGGAGCUUUUGAUCUCAACAUGGAUACAGAUGCGCCUGCCAUCAAUGCACCUACCGGGCCAAAAGCAAUGCGCGCUGGCGCUCCCCUCCGCGGCGGCCGUGAGAAGCGUAUGGUGGGCCACAUCAACCGUGCGCUUGAUCGAUCAGGACAGGAUGUUCUCCAUCGUGUGCGCGGUCAGUCCGGAAGUGAGCGGAUUGGGAGAGGCCCCCCGCACGGACCGAGGAUGGGAGUUGGGAGACAGCCAAGGACGGCAAACGCUCGCGCCACCAAUAUCGCCGCCGGGUUAGCCAACAUGAACGGCAUGCCUGGGCCCCCCGGGCCUAUGGGACCGAUGAACGGAAUGAAUCCCAUGAACGGCGCUGGUAGCUUUGUGCCACCCGACCUGUACGCGAUAAUGGAACAGCAAAACCGCAUGCUCCAGCAAAUGCAGAACCAGCUCAUGUUGCAGCAACAGCAGAAUGGCAAUGGGCGUGGCAAACCUUUCGACCGCAACAACCGAGGGAACCAGUUCCGCCGUGGCGGCGGCCACUUCAACGGCCACAACACACACCAUCAUCAACAACAACAGCAGCAGCAGCAGUCCUCGGAAGGGGCUCAGGGCGAGACAGCACAGCAAGGCGAAGACGUUGAGAUGGGCGGGGCCAAGCGUGAGGCUCCCAACCCCGAAGAGACAGUAUGCCGUUACAACCUGCGGUGCGGCAAUAAGGAUUGCAAGUUCGCCCAUCAGUCUCCGGCAGCACCUCCCAACACCACGGUGGACGUCACGGAUACUUGCAGCUUUGGGGUAGCGUGCAAGAACUGGAAGUGCACUGGUCGACAUCCCUCGCCAGCCAGCAAGAUGGCACACCAGAGCGAACAAGACUGCAAAUUCUUCCCCAACUGCUCCAACCCCCAUUGCACCUUCCGCCACCCAGCCUUCCCCGCGUGUCGCAACGGCGGCGAGUGCAAGAUUCCAAAUUGCAAGUUUACGCACGUCAAGACAGCCUGCAAAUUCCACCCCUGCACCAACCGGAACUGCCCCUUCCUGCACGAGGAAGGACAGCGGGGGACUUUCCAGGACAAGGUCUGGACGGCGGACGGGUCAAAAGAACAUGUCAGCGAUCGCAAGUUUGUGGAGGAGAACAGACCGGAGGACCUCGUGCUUCCCGGGUCAGAACAUCCAGACGAUGCUGCUUCUCCAGAGGUGGUAGUCUAA